GGAUCCUCAUCAACUGAGGUUGUUAUCGUCUCAUCAAGCGGUGAACUGCUUUCAAGGAUAGUCGGCCCUCAUGUGAACCACUGGUUUCUUGGGUACCCUGAAGCUGUCAGAAGAACAUUGAAUCUCAUUGAGCAGGCCCUAAAUAAGGCUAACCUUCCGACAGAUACAAAACUGGCUGCGGUGGGCUUAGCCCUUAGUGGAGUGGACUCAGAAGAAAAUUGUCGCGAUUUUGAAGAGAAUUUUAUGAAAUCUGGCCAAAUUGUGACCGAGAAUGUCUUAGCUCGUAACGACACCUUCGGCACGCUCUAUGCCGCAACCGAUAAAGCUGGUAUCGUGGUAAUUGCUGGCACGGGUUCCACCUGUCGUUAUAUCCGAGAGGACCUUUCAUACGAACGCAUCGGCGGUUAUGGCAAUAUGCUUGGGGAUGAGGCCUCUGGCUUUUGGAUCACCCAUCGUUGCAUGAAACUCUAUGUGGAUGAUGACGAAGGUCUUGUUAAGUGUCCGUACGACACGCGGGCAGUGCGCGACGCAAUAUUUAAACACUUUUCUCUGCGGAGCAACAUAGACCUCCUCGAACCCCUGUAUCACUUCAAGAAGAAUGAGUUCUCAUCUCUUUGCAAGACAUUCAGCGAACUGGCCCGCAAUGGAGACGAGCUCUGUAAACACGUCUUCCGUAAGGCUGGAUACUUUGUCGGUGCCCAUGUGAUGGCUGUCCUCCCAAAGACCGACAAGCAACUUCUGAGUGAUUACUUGGUCUGCUUCGGAGCUGCGAUACGUGCUCUGUUCCAAGUCCUGUACUCUAAACAAGCUCUUGUCUUCAUCGUAUCCUCUGUUUUAUGCGCAGCGUAA